ACGGGAUUUGAUCACAAUUCCCCAAAUCUCCGCUACAAGGCUACAACCACCCAAAACCCUGGUGACAACGGGAUUUGAUCCCAAUUCUUCGCUUCAAGCAUACAACCAGCCAAAGAACUUACAAUUACCAAGUAGCAACUGAACCAGAACCACCAUCCAUCAGCUGCUGAAAUGAUCAGCCCUACUUAGAAGUUAGAAGGGCUUACACGCAAAAGAGUCAAGACUCUCCCUUUGCUAACUGUAACAAUGGUUUCAACUAAACAGUAAAAUUAAUUUGGCGGGACCCAUGGACACUGGACGUGAACACGAACUCAAAUUUGAUUUUCGAGCAGUUCCCCUUUUGGUCCCAAGGUAAAGCUUCCUGUUCCUGAAUGCAAUCAUUUCUCUUCUCAAAACGCGGUUAACAAGAGAUAAGCUACUGCAGCAACAGAAGAAAUGUAAACAAGCCUCAAACUUUUCGUAUUCCAUUUCCGUCCUAAAAUGGAGCAGAUUGAGUCGGAGAUCAGGAGAGUUCUUGAGGACCACCACAGGAUCAGCUCCAACGUUCGGAGCGAGGAAGCGAAGAUUGAAGAGUUGAACAAGGAGAUCGGGCUCCUGGAGGAUCGGAUUCGUGGGUCGGGACUGGAUGAACUGGAGCGGCAGCGAUUGCAGAAUCUGCUGAACUAUCAGGCCACUCUGAUUGCAAGGGCGGCGUCUAGGACUGAGGUUAUUAGAGCUCUACAUGAUGAUUUGUUGGGUUUGUUCGUUCGGAGAAAGCAGCUUCGGCAGUCGGAUAGUGCAAGUCGGUCAGGUGUUGAUGUGGUGCCUAAUAUUUCUCUGAGUUCUGGACUAUCAAGUGGAGAUGAUGAUAAUAAUCAAGUGUUCCCAAAUGACUGUUCCAUGCCUGGAGCCAUGGAUAUAAUGAGAAUGAGCGAUGAUCAUGGAAACUUGGAGGAGGAAACUACUACAGAACAAGAUCAAAUUCCAUUAGGUCUAAAAAUGCUUCAAAUAAAUAUGAAUGAAGAUGCAUGCUUGACCCCUGAAGACGGUAGUGAAUAUGGUGACUUCCAUUAUAAGAACAAUAUCUUAGAUAAUAUUGCCAUGAGUAUAUUGGACCCAAAUGCAAAUGUGGAUACCAUUUUCAAAGAAGCAAUGGAGAAUUCUGACUUCCCCCAAGAAGAAACUCAAGGCUCUAAAAGGGUGCCUAAGAGAGCAGGGCAAGUAGCUUCUCGUAAUUUAGCUAAACGUUUGAUUGUUGAUUUUGAUGAAGUUGGUAACCCAACUGGUCCAAAUGCUGGAGCAUUUAAAAGAUCUAUCAAUUCAUAUGUAUGCCACUUUUUGCCUGUAAGGUUUAAGCAAAUUGGGGAUGUUCCAGUUGAAGACUACAAAUCAGUACUUAAUAUGUUAACAGAGAGGUAUAAUUUUGAUAUAAAUAGAAGCUAUACGAGGAAAAAGAUUUCCUCUUGUUAUAGACAACAUAAAUAUAAACUGCUGAUUCAGAUCAAGAAAGACCUUGAGAGAGGUGUUGAACCACAAAAACCUUCCUAUGUGAAAAAAGAAGAUUGGGAUGCAUUUGUGGCAAAGACAAAAGAUGAAGAAUUUGAUAAAAUUAGCAAAAAGAACAAAGCAAGCAGAAGUCACCAAAGUGCUAUGAAUAGGAAAGGCCUGUCCCCCUCUGUUCAUAAAAGAAAGUUGAAAGGAUCAGAACUGGGUUCUGCAGAUGACUGUGUGUGGUCGAAGACUAAUAAACCCAAGCGAGGUCGCCCAAAGAAGUUGUUGCCCAUGGUUGAGGAUAACAAUAAUAUUGAGGACACCAUGGGCCUUCCUGCUGACCAAGAGGUUGUUCAGUAGCAGGAAUACAACAUAGAAUUUAUUAUUUAGCUCCCAACAUACAUUCAAGCUUUGAAAUGAAAUCUGCAGCCCAAUGUCCUGCUGAUCUCUUGAAGUCACGUCAUAUUCUUUUCCUCAUUUGUUUAUUGAAAGAUCAAUGAUGAAAUUGAUGUAUAUGUACCCUGAUUUGCUUUUUGCAUUUGGCUGCAGGAAUACAACAUAGAAUUUAUUAUUUAGCUCCCAACAUACAUUCUAGCUUUGAAAUGAAAUCUGCAGCCCAAUGUCCUGCUGAUCUCUUGAAGUCACGUCAUAUUCUUUUCCUCAUUUGUUUAUUGAAAGAUCAAUGAUGAAAUUGAUGUAUAUGUACCCUAUAUCAAGUUUCCUUCCCAUUAUUUUGGGAUGGAAUUCCUGUAUUUUAGUUUUACUUGAGGAAGCAUCAGAAUGUAUAGGUGUUUCAUUGGCGUUCAGGGUUA